GCGAACCCCUGCUGUCGCUGCGCUACUAGCUGUUAUGCUAACUUGAAGAGUUACGUUUUCCGACCUAAACACCACCUCACGUGUUGAUUCGGGAGACUCGCUGGUUACCAGUUGGCCACUGGUGCCUCUUGUGUUUUUGGUACAUGUCACCGCGAACCGUGAUACCAGCAAAGAAACAAGACGCGGAGGUAAAGAGCGCUGUUGGUAAAAAGGUUAGAGGAGCUUUAAACUGUGUAAAUAAUACACAGCUCCACUUCCUCCAGCAUUACUUUAACACUUAUAACUUUGUCUUGUCGUUGAUAUUUACGAGGCUGGACUCCCUGAAAACAACUUUGGGGUAACUCGUAGGAACUUUUAACCCACAGCUGGACUCUCAUGUUCUCAUGGAGGCAGAAGCGUCUCUUUAUUCCCUGCUGACACGGCUUUAAUGACUUCUUCGCUGCGGUGAUAACCUCCAGCAUGGCUGCAGCCUGUGUGAAGGCUGCGUGUUUUGCCGGUGUUGAGGUUAAACUUCACAGACUGCUGCUGGCUGGCUGCGAGAACUCCUCCAGGAUAUCUGUUGUUGGCAGGUUUCCUCCGAAGCGCCUUUUCAGCUCUCUCUGCCCUUUGCCAUCAAGACUUGGUGGGACACUCGUCCUCUGGAGUGUCCGAACUGUGAGUCACCAGCUGAAGCACAGCGUGCCUUUUGGAAACGGGAAGGCGGCGGUGUUCAGCAGGAGCUACAGAGAUGUUUGCACAAAUGUGUCCCUGUCGAGAUGUGCGGUGCUGAGAAGGAAGCUCCUGCUGCAAGGAGGUGCAGCAUGGCCAGCAUCCAUAAUCCGCCGGAGGGUGACAGAUGCUCCUCUUUCCAGUGUGUCUCCCACCUUUAUAGUGAUGAAGUUCGACCAGGAUGGAAAUGUGACAUCAUUCGAAAAGAAGAAGACAGAACUUUACCAGGAGCUGGGUCUUCAGGCCAGAGACCUUCGCUUCCAGCACAGCACCAGCCUCUCUACCAGAAACAACUGCAUCAUCAUACGAAUGGCUUCUUUGAAAGCCAUCCUGACCCCGACGUUCCUACUGGUGUUGGAUUUUCGUGGUUUGGGACUGGAGCGCUGGCUGGUGCUGGAUCUCGCCCCUCAGCUAGCAUCACAGACACACUCUCUGCCCUUUGAGUUCAGGGCGCUGGAGGCCAUCCUGCAGCACAAGGUAAACACUUUACAAACCCGGCUGAACGACCUUGAACCGGGACUCCUGGACAAUCUGGAGUCCCUCGUGGAUCCUAAAAUCCUUUCUGCUGACAGAAGCAAGCUGCACAUACUGUUACAGAACAGCAAGAGCCUCUCAGAGUUGGAAACAGACAUAAAGGUUUUCAAGGACUCUCUGCUGAAGGUCCUGGAUGAGGAUGAGAUGAUUGAAGAACUCUGUCUCACCAAAUGGACAGACCCAAGAGUUUUUGAGGAGAGCAGUUUGGGUAUAGACCACGCUGAGGAGAUGGAACUUCUACUGGAGAGUUACUUCAUGCAGGCUGAGGAGCUGGGCAACAAGGCCAGAGAGCUGAAGGGACUAAUAGACGACUCGGAGAGUGUCAUCUUCAUCAAUCUGGACAGCCAUCGUAACGUGAUGAUGCGUCUGAAUCUGCAGCUGACGAUGGGCUCCUUCUCCCUCACGCUGUUCGGCCUGAUUGGCGUUGCCUUUGGGAUGAACUUAACAACAGCCUUUGAGGACGACCCCCGUGCUUUCUGGCUGGUAACUGGCUUCAUGUUUCUGGGCAGCGGGUUGAUAUGGAGACGACUUCUGUCGUUUUUGGGACGGCAUCUGGAGCCUUCAGUUCUCCCUCCGAUCCCUCCCAUUUGGAAGAGAAAUCUGAAGUCAUCAGACAUAAAACCAGGAGUCAGAUGAAGUGUUGUUUCCCCUCUAAAACAAUCUCAGACUGCAGCUUUAAAGAGGAUCUGUCAUCAGUUUGAGCAGUGACUAGCACAUGGACCACCUGGUCUCAGAGCCAUGAGGCUAUCCUACCAUGUUGUUGAACAUCUUUUCAAUGACAAGAUUUUUAUUAUUUAAGUUAAUGUUGUGUGUGUAAUGCUUAAAGUGUAGUCAGCACUCAGCAUGCACAGAAAUGCUCCCAUUUAUUUUAAACCAGAGUCCUUACAUAAAACUAUUUAUCAGAUGAUCAUUUGGUAAGUUAAUAAAUGCACUAAUGCACAGGAA